GUCGAUUUGGUCAGAUUUUAGUAUAUUGAAACCUGACCCGACUUGAAAGAAGAGGGACAUUUUAGUGAUUUUACUGUUUUAACAUAUGAAAGAUGAGGGACAUUUUCGGUAAUUCGAUGGACUCAGUUUCAGGCAACCUUCUUCUUCUUCAGGGCUGAAUUUUUUUCCCCGGCGAUGCGAAGCUGAGGGCCCGACCUUCAUUUUCGUCGCCGAUUAAAAGCACAAAGAGGGAAAGAGAAUAGAAAAAAGAAUGCUCUUCUAGUCGUUAGUCAGUCAUCCGAUUUUGCUCAGUUGCCGGCGAUUCUGAAAAUGAGUCGAAUUAGGGGCUCUCUAUGGCUGGCAAUUACGAUACUGAGUCUGACCAUAACUCAGUCAUUUUCAGCGUCUCAGGUGAACCGGAGAGAUCCAGGCCACCCCCAAUGGCACCACGGAGCUUUUCAUGACGUCAAAGAUACUGUCCGAUCCGAAGUUCGUCAAAUGCUCCAUUCUCGAGCUGAGGUCCCAUUUCAAGUCCCUCUUGAAGUGAAUGUAGUUCUAAUUGGAUUUAAUGGAGAUGGAGGCUAUCGGUAUACUGUAGAUUCUCAAAAGUUGGAGGAAUUUCUUAGAGUCAGUUUCCCAUCUCACCGUCCCUCAUGUUUAGAGACAGGACAGCCACUUGACAUUGAGCAUCACAUUGUUUAUAAUGCAUUUCCGGUUGGCCAACCGGAAUUAAUAUCUCUGGAGAUUGCAUUGAAGGCAGCCAUGGUUCCUUCUGGUACAGCAAGAGAGGCUGACUUUGGAAGGGAUGUGCCUUUGUUUGAGGUUGAUGCGACUGGUGUAGAGCCAGAAUUUCAGAAGCUGUAUACAUACCUUUUUGAUAUUGACUCAGGAGUACAUUAUGGGGAAGAGAUAGACAAAGCCUGGCCAACUGCAGUUUUUAUUGUCAAUUUUGAUAAGGUUAGGUUAGACCCUAGGAAUAAAGAUAUCGAUCUUGAAGGUUUGAAGUAUGGAAGAAUUUCACAACUUGCUGAGGAAGAGUUGAAAAAACAAGAAGCAGACUACAUAUAUCGGUAUCGCUAUAAUGGCGGUGGGGCUACUCAAGUCUGGCUUGGCUCUGGCAGGUAUGUUGUGAUUGACCUCUCAGCAGGUCCCUGUACUUAUGGAAAGAUUGAAACUGAAGAAGGAAGCAUCAGUGCCAGGUCACUCCCUAGGUUGCGAAAUGUAGUUUUUCACAAUGCUGCUGGUACUGUUAGUGAGCAUUAUGCUCACAACAUUUUUGUUGGGCAGCUUGCAUCUCUAAUUGCUAUGACAACUGAGCAUGUCAUUUCUCCAGAUGUUAGAUUUGAAACAGUUGACAUGACAACAAGAUUGCUUGUUCCAAUCAUUGUUUUACAUAAUCAUAAUCGCUACAACAUAAUGGAGAAAGGCCACAAUUACAGUAUUGAUGUUGGUGCGAUUGAGAAUGAGGUUAAGAAACUUGUUCACCAAGGACAAGAAGUAGUGAUUGUUGGUGGUUCACAUGCCCUACAUCACCAUGAGAAGUUGGCUAUUGCUGUAUCUAAAGCAAUGCGUGGCCAUUCACUUCAAGAAACCAAGAAAGAUGGACGUUUUCACGUUCACACAAAAAUGUAUCUGGAUGGUGCAAUCCUCAAAGAGGAGAUGGAGCGAUCAGCAGAUGUGCUAGCUGCUGGUUUACUUGAGGUUGCUAAUCCAUCACUGGCAAAUAAAUUUUUCCUCCACCAGAAUUGGAUGGACGAAAGUGACGGUACUGGUGAUUCCAUAUUGAAACAUAAACCUCUCUGGUCCACUUACAGCCAGAAAAGUGGAAAACAGAAUAAGAAAAAGAAAGAAUCGAAGUUGAAACGGGGGAAUCUCUAUAGGACCUAUGGCACUAGAGUCAUUCCAGUUUUUGUUUUAUCAUUAGCUGAUGUGGAUGAACAUCUUAUGAUGGAAGAUGAAAGUCUUGUUUGGACCAGCAAGGAUGUAGUUAUUGUACUCCAGCAUCCUAAUGAUAAAAUCCCUUUGAGCUAUGUUUCGGAACUGGAGAGAAGGCAUGCUAAUCCAUGGCAAGUGGAACGACAUAUAAUCGCAGGGGUGGCAUCUGUUGUAGGUGGUUUGAGUGCCCCAUAUGAAAAGGCUUCUCAUGUUCACGAGAGGCCUGUUGUAAAUUGGCUCUGGGCGACUGGUUGCCAUCCCUUUGGACCAUUCUCUAACACUUCUCAUAUCAGUGAAUUGCUUCAAGAUGUUGCAUUGAGGAACACGAUAUAUGCACGAGUUGAUGCUGCCCUACGCCGAUUACGGGAGACUUCAGAGGUUGUCCAAAAUUUUGCUUCAGAACAUCUGAAAACUCCACUUGGUGAACCGGUGAAGGGUAAAAAGAACAAGUCAAGCACUGAGUUGUGGGUGGAAAAAUUCUACAAGAAAACAACCAACUUACCUGAACCAUUCCCCCACGAGUUGGUUGAACGGCUAGAAAAAUACUUGGAUAGCCUAGAGGAACAGCUUGUGGAUUUAUCUUCACUAUUGUACGACCAUCGAUUACAAGAAGCAGACACAAACAGCAGUGAGAUUUUCCAAAGUUCCAUCUUCACGCAGCAGUACGUGGAGCAUGUUUUGGCGAACGAAAAGGAGAAGAUGAAAUGUUGUAGCAUAGAGUACAAGGUUCCUGUCCAGUCUUCUCAAAGUCUGAUAUAUGCAGGAAUUCUUUUGGCUGGCUUUUUUGUUUAUUUUGUUGUUAUUUUCUUCUCUUCCCCUGUAAGAUAAACAACAUAAAAAAAAAAGAAAGGCUAGAACCACUUAAUUUUUAUUCAGAGUUGAAAGAAACAGUUAGAUGGGAACUUAAAGAAACAAUAUGAUGCUUUGAUCUGUCCAAUGUCACUUGCUUUAAACCAGCAUGUUUGUAGUCAGGUGCAAACCCUGCUUUGUAUUGAAUGCUUGCCAAUUCAGGUUUGGGAUCUUGAGUUAAGCUCCUA